AUGACCCGUUUGCGCUGCGGGCGUCGCGGCUCUGGGCGAGGAGUUUCUCCCAUUCACUUCUUCAUCGCACUCACGCUCCUGGAAAGCUGCAAAACGUUGGGACUAUCAGACGAACCAGAGAGAUUCCUGCAGGAUCUGCCAGAGUAUGAAGUGGUUCGCCCCGCUAGGGUGGAUGCCAGAGGUCACUUCCUGUCCAACUUCCUGUCGCACCAUGCUCGCCGAGUACAGCGCCGGGAAGCCUCAGAGAGCCCAGUGGACUUAGAUCGAGUCUUCUACCAGUUGUGGCACGGCGGCCACAGUUUGAACUUUAACCUCACCCUCAACCCACACCUGCUGGCUCCAGGCUUCCUGACGGAGAGGAGGUACGGUGGCCUGGACGGGGCACAGAUCCGUCCUCCUGGAUCCUCCCGGUGCCAUUAUUUAGGUGAAGUGUGGGACGGGGCGACCGUUAAAGGGAACGCAGCCAUAAGCACCUGCGAUGGACUGACAGGACUGUUCAGGUUGUCUGAUGAGGAGUUUUUUAUUCAGCCUCUGGAGAAGCCGAGCCACGAGACCUCGGCACCACAGGCCCAUGCCGUCUACAAACGCCACGCGUCCCCUCCCUCCUGGAGUCCAGUCGUACAGCCGAUCUCAGGGAAACAAGCUCUCAACGGUACCUGCGGACUCAAAAAUUCCCAUCAAAGUCUUGAAGACAUUGAGCGACAGCGGGAGCGCUGGGAGCACCGCCAGCAGAGAAGGAGGAGAAUUCGUCAACGCUCAGUCAGCAAAGAGAAGUGGGUGGAAACCCUGGUGGUGGCUGACCCUAAGAUGGUGGAGUAUCAUGGGAGCAAAGAUGUGGAAGGAUACAUCCUCGCUAUCAUGAACAUUGUGGCGGGUCUGUUCAGAGAUGCCAGUAUUGGAAAUGCGAUCAACAUUGUGGUUGUUCGAGUCAUCCUACUGGAGCAGGACGAGGAUGACCUAAAGAUUACACACCAUGCUGACAACAGCCUGAACAGCUUCUGUAAGUGGCAGAAGAAACUCAACAUGAAAGGAGAGGAACACCCGCUGCACCAUGACGUAGCCGUCCUGCUCACCAGGAAGGACAUCUGUGCAGCCAUCAACAUGCCCUGUGAGACUCUGGGCCUGUCCCAUGUGGCAGGGAUGUGUCAGCCGCAUCGCAGUUGCAGCAUUAGUGAGGACACAGGACUUCCACUGGCCUUCACUGUAGCUCACGAGCUGGGACACAACUUUGGGAUUCAGCAUGAUGGCAACGGUAAUGACUGUGAACCCAUUGGGAAACGACCUUUCGUCAUGUCUCCACAGCUCCUGUACGGCACCUCCCUGCCCAGGUGGUCAGACUGCAGUCGCCAGUAUAUCACCCGCUUCCUAGAUCGCGGCUGGGGCUGGUGCCUUGAUGAUCCCCCGGUGAAGGAUAAGCUGUCUCUGAACUCGCUGCUUCCUGGGGUUCUGUACAGCGCUGCCCAUCAGUGUCGGCUGCAGUAUGGAUCUGGGUCCCUGCUGUGUGAUGACAUGGACAACGUAUGCAGCACCCUAUGGUGCACUGUGGGAACAACCUGCCACUCAAAGCUGGAUGGGGCUGUGGAUGGGACCAGCUGUGGCGAGGACAAGUGGUGUUUCAGUGGGGAGUGUGUAGCAUUUGGAUUUCUCCCUGAGAGUGUGAAUGGGGGCUGGGCGUCCUGGAGCGAGUGGUCAGCCUGUUCGAGGACAUGUGGAGCUGGUGUCCAGGGGGCUCAAAGAGACUGCGAUAACCCAGUUCCUAAGAACAGAGGAAAGUAUUGUCUGGGAGAACGACGGAGGUACAAGAUCUGUAACGUCACCCCGUGUCCUCACGACCUGCCCACCUUCAGAGACGUCCAGUGUAGUCACUUUAACACCAUGCCGUACAAGGGCAAGUUCUACAAGUGGGAAGCGGUCAUCAACAGAGUCAACCCCUGUGAGCUGCAUUGCCGUCCACUGAAUGAGCAUUUCUCAGAAAAGAUGCGUGAUGCUGUCACUGAUGGGACGCCGUGCUAUGAGGGCAACAAAAGCCGAGAGAUGUGCAUCAAUGGCAUCUGUAAGAAUAUAGGCUGUGACUAUGUGAUCGAGUCGAGUGCUGUGGAGGAUCGCUGUGGCGUGUGUCAUGGUAACGGAUCCACCUGUACGACCGUGAAGAGGACGUUUGAGGAGAGUGAAGGACUUGGCUAUGUCGAUAUUGGACUGAUCCCUGAGGGAGCCCGGGACAUCCGCAUUGAGGAGGUGGCUGAAGCGGGCAAUUUCUUGGCCCUGCGAAGCGACAACCCCAACAAGUAUUUUCUGAACGGUGGCUGGACGAUCCAGUGGAACGGAGAGUAUAAAGCAGCCGGGACAGUGUUCACCUACGUGAGGACAGGACACCUGGAAAACCUGACGUCUCCCGGGCCCACCAUGGAAACACUGUGGGUUCAGCUUCUCUUUCAGGAGACCAAUCCAGGAGUGCGGUACGAGUACACAAUCAGUCGAAAUAUCUCGGAGGACAACGACGGCCCCGUGUCAGUUUUCUUCUGGAAAUAUGGUUCAUGGACUGAAUGCAGUGUCACCUGUGGAGCAGGUGUUCAGAGGCAGAUUGUCCACUGUGUGGAAAAGACAACUGGGAUAGUGGAGGAGCACUUCUGUGACCCCUUAACCCGUCCUGAUGAUAACCAAACCAGCUGUAGCAAGGAUCCAUGUCCAGCCAUAUGGUGGGUUGGGGAGUGGCAGAAAUGCUCAGCAAGCUGUGGGGGCUCGGGCUUGGCUAAAAGGACGGUGCUCUGCAUCCAGGCAGUAAGUGUGGAGGAGCAGGAAGCCCUGCAGCCCGGUGAAUGCGAACACAUGCCCAAACCUGAAUCUCUGUCCUCCUGCAACACACACAUCCCCUGCCCAGCAGACUGGAGCACUGGCAGCUGGUCAAAGUGUUCGCUGACUUGUGGAAGUGGAGUGCGUCGGCGUAAUGUCACCUGCUCUAGAAACACAGGCGCUGACUGUGACCCCCACAAGAAACCUCUAGCUGUCAGCACCUGUUACCUUCAGGACUGUCCGCGGGUUGUGGAUAACUUUGGAGGUAUCGACUGGUCGGGAAGCGGCUGGUCGAGCAAAGAAGUGCUCAAUGAAAUUAACUCCAUUCCUGAAGCCAAACCUCCUCCCAAAUUCAGCACCACCAGAGCCCAGCCGAGAAAUCAUAAUGACCUUAAUGACAUCGUUGAGGGAGAUUUUCACUACCACAAUAACAUUGAAAAUAUUGAUCAAAACAGUGUGCAAGUCGACGAUUUUUACUAUGACUAUAAUUUUAUCAAUUUCCAUGAAGACUUGUCGGAUGACUUUGAGACUGAAGGAAAUGAUUCAGGGGACAGUCACAGACUCGAUGCUCCGCAGGAGGACAAGCUGACACACAGAGCGAAAGAAUAUGCCAUUACUGAAACUACAAGAGCUCCCACAGUUAUUUCAGCCAUUUCUACCAUUUCAAAGACCACCGCCCACAUUCUGAGCACUGGAGAGCCACAGACCACAGAUGUGGACAAGGUGAAGGACGACGAAAAGUCAGCAACAAAGGAGUCUGUUCAGACGAAUUCUGAAAACUUGGACGACUUCCUGGCUGAGGAUUAUCUCCUGCCCGUGUCUCCUACUCACUCACCGCCAAUGUCUACGACUCAGCAUUCACAAACACUAAAAGAGACACAUGACGAUGAGUGGUGGCCUGAAACCAUUAGCACAAUGCCUAGUCUGGAUUUCACUACAAAGGAGCCUGAACGGGAUGUGAAAUGGGGACAAUAUGGGGAGGAGGCUGAAAAUAACUAUUACAGUUUCACUGAGGAGGAAAAUCCCACUGUGCUUGUCACGGUGACUCCAAAACAUGUUGCUCCUACUCCCAGACAUCAAACAAUUAUUAGUGCUAUUGUCUCCACAACAGCGAGUGCUCGGGAGACAGAGGGACGUGAUGAUUAUGAGUACAGUCUCAAUGAAAAAAGCACACUAGGUCCGGAUGUCUCUGCAGACCAAGAGGAUGCAGAGAGUCCAGAACCUGUCGGCUCUCCCACGCCUGAAACUCUCAUUCAGGUCAGGACUGUAGUCCAGCUGGACGAAAGUGAUUCAGAAAUACCUCAAACAACCAGCCAAUCAAUAAUAUUUCCAACUGCCUUCACAUUGGAGGAUUUGGACUUGGAUCAGACUCAUUUUAAUACGGUAUAUGGCACGAGCGAGGGCAAUACAUGGGAUCCUGACCUUGACCUCGGUACAACCUCACUUCCUGCCUCUCAGAAAUCCACUACUCUCCCAGUUUCCUUUCUGCCAAGCUCAGGUAACCGAGAGGCCUCUGAUGAGUCCACAUCAUUAACUGGAACAGAAAUCAUACCUCCUACGAACCCGGAGGGAGCCACUCGGCCUUCUCCAGCUGAUCUCCUGCCAGCUCAAACGGAGCAGGUACCUACAAAACCCGCCGACACGGAAACAACUGGAACAGAUUCCACACUCCAGGCGCCGCCGUUUGAUUUAGCUGGUUUUGACUACAAUGAAAUAGUCAUUCCCCCGAUGGUGAGGAGCAGCGGUGACAGUGAUCCCGGCCCUUCACAUCAGCUUCCAACAAACUCGCCAGCCGCUCCUCGACCUAGCACAACAGCGGUAACGUCCAUCGACUCACCAACACCUGCCGUGCUCCUUCUGCCAACCCAUCCGCCUCCAUCUGCCCAAACUUCAGCCUCCACACGAGUCACUACCGCUGCCUACUGGGUCACCGGCAACUGGAGCGCUUGCUCCACCAGCUGCGGCCUCGGUGCUAUCUGGAGGACUUUGGCUUGCAGUACUGGCUCAGACUCUGACUGUGAUCCGGCCAAGAGGCCUGCACCAGCCCAGCGCUGUUACCUGCGCCCCUGCUCCACAUGGAAUAUUGGGGAGUGGAGUAAGUGCUCCAAGAACUGUGAAGGUGGCAUUAAAUCACGAGAGGUCCAGUGUUUCGACAUGCGGGAUCAAAGGCCCCUACGACCUUUCCACUGCCGGGCCAUGUCCUCCAGGCCACAAACACAAUUGCCCUGUAACCUCCAGCCGUGUCUCGACUGGUACACCUCCUCCUGGGGUCAGUGCUCUGAGGUGUGUGGAGGAGGUGAGCAGCAGCGAAUUGUCACCUGUCCAGAGGAGGAUCGCUGCGACAGGGACCUUCAGCCCAGCAACAUCCAAUCAUGUAACAUCCAGCCUUGUGCUCAGUGGCUCACUGGCUCGUGGGGACAGUGUUCAGCGUCUUGUGGAGGCGGAGUCCAGCAACGACUCAUCAAAUGUGUGGACACGAAGGCCGAGACGGACGACGAAGUUGAUCAAACUCAAUGUGACCAUGAGUCGCAGCCUGAGAGCACCCAGAAGUGUAACAUACAGGAGUGUGAGAGCGCCCCCUCUGGAGCCGUUUGUCUUCGUGACCGCCUGACAUUUCGUUUCUGCCAGACUCUCCGCCUGCUCGGCCGUUGCCAUCUGCCAAAUGUGCGAGCGCAGUGCUGCAAAACCUGCAGCCAGCGCCCCAGCAGCACGUCUGGCCGCUGACAUGCAACAAAGUAACCACUCACAUGCCUCAUCAGCAGGAACACUGACUGCACCACUGACUGAUGAAAUAUCAAUCAUCAUGCAAAGUCAACAAUCUGAGCCUUUACCUGAUUUUUUUUUUCACCACUACAGACUAAUGAUGAAUUAGUCCCACUCCAAAACUCUCAAUAUUUGUGCUGGUGAAAUUGUUACAUAGGGCUGAAAGUAAUUUGAACUAUAACAAAGCACAGCCCCUCUUAUAGCUAAACAAUGAGAAUGUAAACAUUUGUUUGCACUUUGUUUUUUAGUAUGCAGUCUGAGCAGAAUGAUAUUUUAUGAGUCAAUACGUCCUUGUAACACAUACGGAGCUACAUAAAAUAGAGGAGUCUUCUAUUAUCGUAGCCAACAUAGUAA